GGGGGGCGGAGCGGGUUGGCGGUGAGGAACGGUGAUGGCGGCGGGCCGGAAACAUUGGGGGAUGGACUGAGUUGUGGGGCUGACGGUGAGAGAAGAGUGCUUGUGGUGCGGGAGGUUUCUCUGUGCUUGUGUCAGUACAUGGUCACUUCGAUGAACAGUGUUGAGAUGGUGAAAACCGAGUGGGCUGAGAUGAGAUGCAUUUGAAUUUGUGUUUGUAUACCAAACCAUCUGUCCAUACCAAACACACCAAACACACCAAGCACUAUUCAUCAUCGUCUCUGACUUUCUCACACAAGUCGUUCAUUCGCUGAGCUUUCAGGAGUCGGGAACCCCCCAAAAAAAGGCCCUAACGUGAAUGAAUUGCGCGACUUUAUACAGCUGAACCAACCUCAUUUCUCCUCCCAUGGUCUCCUUUCGCAGGCUUGUCUCCCUCUGUUCUUCCUCCAUUAAAAGGACUGCAUGCUCGGCUUCUGGAGUUGGAGAAGGUGAUCGCUCUUCGUUUGGUAUUCGACUGGGGGUUUUAACGCAAACGAUUAUCAAGUUCACGCGCUUGUUUCGCUUCGUUCAAGUCUCAUUGCUUCAAUGAGACUCCUACAACACCACGAUAUGACUUUAACAUGAAAAAGGUUUGGAGGAAGCAAUGUUCGAGGUUAUAGUGCGAUUGCUUCGUCCAGGCAAAUUGAAUUGAAGUCGAAUGUUGAAGCUCAGUCGAAUACCGCGGUAGUUGAUGAUGAAAUUGCGAAGAUCCAGCAUGCCUUUGAUGCUGCAAGACAGGGCUUUCACAAGAUUCCUAAGGCGCUGAAGGCAAUGCCCAAGAUGAAUCCGAAGGGCAUUUAUGUAAAUAAGAACUUACGGUUGGACAACAUACAAGUUUAUGGCUUCGACUAUGAUUACACUUUAGCACAUUACUCUGCCGAUUUGCAGAGUUUGAUUUAUGAUCUUGCAAAGGAGCAUAUGGUUAACGAGCUUAGGUAUCCUGACAUAUGCAUGGAAUUUGAAUAUGACCCGACUUUUCCCAUUAGAGGCCUAUACUAUGAUAGACUAAAAGGGUGUCUUUUGAAGUUGGAUUUCUUUGGGUCUAUUGAGCCAGAUGGGUGCUACUUUGGUCGUCACAAGCUCAGCAGGAAGGAAAUAAAAGAGAUAUAUGGGACACGGCACAUUGGCCGUGAUCAAGCCCGUGGGCUUGUGGGUUUGAUGGAUUUCUUCUGCUUUAGUGAGGCCUGCCUUAUUGCUGAUAUUGUGCAACAUUUUGUUGAUGCAAAGCUGGAAUUUGAUGCUUGCUACAUCUAUGAAGACGUAAAUCGUGCAAUUCAGCAUGUUCACCAUAGUGGCUUGGUUCACAGGGGAAUUCUUGCUGAUCCUCCUAGAUACCUAGUUAAGAAUGGGGAACUGCUACGGUUUCUCAGGAUGCUAAGGAACAAGGGAAAGAAACUUUUCCUGCUGACAAAUUCUCCAUUUUACUUCGUGGAUGGAGGAAUGAGUUUUAUGUUAGAGGAUUCUACGGGUUACAAAGACUCCUGGAGGGAAAUUUUUGAUGUCGUGAUCGCUAAGGCCAACAAGCCAGAGUUCUACACCUCUGAGCAUCCAUUCCGUUGUUAUGACACAGAGAAGGACACUUUAGCUUUCACCAAGGUGGAUUCUUUUCUCCCAAAUAAAAUAUACUACCAUGGAUGCCUCAAAUCUUUUCUCCAAAUAACCAAGUGGAAUGGCCCAGAGGUAAUAUAUUUUGGGGAUCAUCUAUUUAGUGACCUGAGAGGCCCCUCAAAGGCUGGUUGGCGCACUGCAGCCAUCAUCCAUGAACUUGAAAGUGAAAUACACACACAAAAUGAGGAUAGCUACCGUUUUGAACAGGCAAAAUUUCACAUCAUACAGGAACUGCUGGGUAAAUUGCAUUCAACUUUAGGUACCAGUCAGAGAAAUGCAAAGUACGAGUCACUUAUGGAGGAGCUUAAUGAAGAACGGCAGAAGGCAUGCAGCAUGAUGAAGAGAAUGUUCAAUAGAUCUUUUGGAGCUACAUUCCUCACUAACACGGGUCAAGAAUCGGCUUUUGCCUAUCACAUUCAUCAAUAUGCAGAUGUGUACACCAGCAAGCCAGAGAACUUCUUAUUCUAUCCUCCUGAAGCAUGGCUUCAUGUACCCUUUGAUAUCAAGAUCAUGCCGCAUCAUGUGAAGGUUCCAUCAACCUUGUUCAAAAAUCAAUAGUAUUCCUCAAGACAAAUGUGGAUGGGCUGGUUCACUGAUACUUGGGAUAGUGUUUGUCACCAGACAUGGCAGAUGAUGGUUGUUCAUUCAUUGAGGAUUUGCCAGUAGUAAAAAGGGAGAUUGCCGGCAUGUUAAUUUUUCCAUGAUUUGUAUGGGAUCCGAAGGGUACCAAAAAUAGGCAUGUGAAUUUUGUAUCACAUUCAUGUCUUCUAGUGUUUCAAUCAUUUUAGUCGUCACAAACAAUAUUACUUGUGUACCAACAUUAGUAUUUUUUGGGGGGGAAAGAGACAAAUGAAUUUUCCAUAUUAGCGUCAUGGCCAGUUUUAUGAGCUGCUGGUUCUUCUCGAUGUGGCAAUAGGUUUAUAACGAA